AUGAAUAUAGAAUUGGGAGAACCUUCUAAUGUAAAUGGGGAAUGUGAUCAAGAGGCACAACAAGGGAAUGAGAAUAUAAGUGUAGGUGUUAUGCCAGGAGAGAUAACUGCUAAUCAAAGAGAAAAUAUUGAGGAAGGAGUUUCUGUUAUUCCUGACUCUGUGGUACAUGCUAUUCCUCCUGAAGAUGGUGCUAGUUUGGAGAGGUUAGUUGGUGUUUGUAACGCCCCAAAAACCCCCGUGG